GCUUGGGGUUCGCGGGGAGAAGAAGCGGGCUGGCGGCUGCGCUUUCCUUAUUAACACCUUUCCUUCUCCCCCCCCCCCGGUGGACCGGUCCCCGUGGAGCGGCUGGGGGAGGCGGCGCCGGGCAGCGCCGGCGGGAGAUGCGAAGGGGCUGAGCGGGAAGUUUAGCCGCUCUUCCUCACGGCUCGCCGCUUCCUCACCUUCCAGCUAUGUCCUUCCGUCAGAGGAGCCCGCACGGCGGCACGAAGAGCAGCCCACAGCUUUUGACUCGCUGGUCUCAAGGAAGGAAACGUGGUGCGGAUGGGAAGCAGAGAAUGCAGAAUACAUCAGAUUCAUCAGGUUUUGGUGAAAACAGGUGCAGGCCUUCUGACAACAGGCCAAACAGUUUUACAACACCAGAAGGCCAUGGACCCCUUUCCCGGUGUUUGGAUUGGGGAACUGCAGUGGAAGAAGAGGAAAUGAGGACCAGUGUUAACAAAGAAAUUACAAGAUACAGAAGAAAACUCCUAAUAAAUGAAUUUUCAAGAGAAAGGAAGUCCUCUUCCUCCUCUGGAAGUUCUGAUUCAAAGGAGUCCACUACAACAGUAGAAGUUGAGACAGAUGAGGUGGUUUUGAUGAGAAGACAAAAACAGAUAAACUAUGGAAAAAACACAAUUGCAUAUGACAGAUACAUUAAAGAAGUUCCCAGAUGCCAUCGUGUACCGGGAGUUCAUCCCAGAACUCCAAAUAAGUUUAAGAAGUACAGCCGUAGGUCAUGGGACCAGCAAAUUAAACUAUGGAAAGUUGCAUUGCAUUCCUGGGAUCCACCUACUGAAGAAGGAUGUGAUCUGCAAGAAAUUAGUCCUGUUGACCUUGGUGAGAUGGAGACAGAAUCUGUCGGGAGUAAUUCCACUGAAUCUCAAACAAGCUGUCAAGAUAAUGAAGAUACCUAUUCUGGCUCUCCCACCAAAGUCAGACGUGCUGACUAUCAAGCAGAAGGUGAUUUUGACUUGGAAGUGUGUUUGAGUGAACCACUUAAAGAUUUUGAUACUGUGAGUUAAAUAGUCUCAUGCAAACUUCUUUAGAGGAAGUUUCUUUUAAAUGUGAGAGGUUAGAUUGGUUUGUAAGCUGUUAAUAGUAAGAAAGCUUAAGAAGUUGAUGUUUGUUCUCUGAGUUGUGGUUGGUCGACAUAUUCUCUGGACCAAACUUAUGUAAAAAUACAAGUAAGUUUUGUGACUUCCUUUUAACUUUUAAUUUAUGUAUAUCAGAUUUUUUUUUAAUAAAACCUGUCAAUAGAAAAAAAUAGCUAAAGGCAAUGCUGCGCUUAAGUAAUUAUAAAUAGUUCCGCAAGAUUGUAUUGAUUUCCCUCCCCCACUCCCCCUCUGCCAUGUCCAUUGUCUCAGUUGUCUACCUGCAGAUCAAGAGCAAAGCAGGGAAAUAUGUUUGAGCAUCUGUGUAUUAUCCUGCUUCUCCAUCUGGCUCUUCUACAAAGAUCUGACUUGUAGUAAGGCAGGUGGUAGCUGAACCACACUGCUGAUUAGUACUAGUAAACUCACCUACUGCAGUUAUUUACCGUAAGGUUAAACUGCCUUACGUUUGGAAAAAGAUUUUUUUUUUAGUUGCAAAAAUGUUUCUCAAACAAUUAGAAAUUAAAUACGCUUAAGAAAUUCAAGGUCAGUAUGGUGAAGCUCAGGCAGUAAUGCUUUAAGAAGCAGUGGCCUGAAUUUGAGAUUUGUAAAUAGUCAUGGAUUCUUUGUUAAUACAGCCAAGAAAAUGUCUAGGGUAAGUGCUUGAUUCUUUUUAAUUUGCUGAUUUAAAAUGUAAAACUGUUGUAAAUGAUAACACUGUACAGACUUUCUGCUGAAAGCAGUUGAUGUUUAUUGCUUUUGUAUGGGAUGUUGCUGGAAAAUAAAUGAG